UCACCGCGCCGCGACUCGCGGGGCCAUGGCAGCGCUGUGGAGGGGCUGCGGGCGGCUGCUGGCGCGGCGGCCCGGGGCGGCGCAGGCGCUCACAGCCGGGGCCCUCAUGGGAGCUGGGGAUGUGAUUGCACAGCAGCUGGUGGAGCAGCGGGGGCUGCAUGGGCACCACUGCCCCCGCACCCUGAAAAUGAUGGCCAUUGGCUUUUGCUUUGUGGGCCCUGUUGUGGGCAGCUGGUACAGGAUCCUGGAUUGGCUCAUCCCAGGGAAUACAAAAGUUGUGGUUGUGAAGAAAGUGAUCCUGGACCAGGGGGGUUUCGCGCCCUGCUUCCUCGGCUGCUUCCUGGCUGUCACAGGGGCCGUGAACGGGCUGUCGGUGCAGGAUAUCUGGUCCAAGAUCCAGCAGGACUACAUGGAUGCCCUGGUGACCAAUUACUGUAUCUGGCCACCCGUGCAAAUUGCGAACUUCUACUUUGUGCCCCUGCAGCACAGGCUGGCUGUUGUGCAGUGUGUUGCCAUCGUCUGGAACUGCUACCUGUCCUGGAAAGCGAAUCGGAUGUGAGGCAGGAGCCGUGUCCCUUCCCUGUCCCCAGCCUGUGCUCUGCCUGACCCCUCAGAGUGGGCAUGCAUGGCCGUGGACAGGCUGGGACAUGCAGGGUCCUGGCAGCAGCCAUCCCACUCUUUUCUCAGGGGAACAAUAUCCCCUGUGGCUGCAGCCCCCACUGCCCCAGGGAGAAGAUGGUGCCAAGACAGGCCUGGAUCUGCUCUAGCCAUGCUGUGCAGCAGCUCUGCCUACGAUGCACUUCUCCAUCUGUGCUCAACCACUCCCGAGCCCUUGCCUGCCUCAAGUGUCACUGACCUCCCCCAUGGCACAUCCUGAGGGAAAAGAGGAGUGGAAAUGGAGCAGGGCUGGCUCUGGGCUGGCUGUGCCAUGGGCAGAGAACUGGGGUCACUGCAGGCUGGGGAUGCUCCCGUGAAUAUGGAGUUUGCUGUGGCUCUGCUGUGAGCAGUUGGGGCAUCAAUAAAUUAUGAUCUUCACUUGUGAUUCCCAUG